AUGGUGUGGAGGAACAUCGCAAAUGAUGCCCCCUACCACCCUAGCGUUUGCAGAAUCUCAAAAGUCAAGAACCCAACGGUUCGUUAUGCCCUGCGGCUACUUGGCCACACCAUGUUUGAAAGGCCGCAGCCGUGUCAAACUAACAACGGAGAGCUGCGAAUGGUGUAUGGCACUACCCAACGCUGGCUCAAUGACAAGUACGGCAAGCUAAUAAACCGAGCCUGGAUGCGACCAGAAGUGGGGUCCUGGUUCCUCGACCAUAUAUUUAGAGUGAAAAGUGAUGCAUUGGCGAAUCUAGAUUAUCAUAUUUGCAUUGGAGGCCUGCUUACACCCAUCUUCACGGAAUGCAUAAUUGAUUUAAGCUUACAAUGGUAUUUCCAUACUAUCCCCAAGAUGGACUUUGAUUAUCUGGUGAACACUCACACCUUAGCAGGAAGAUUAUAUCCAAACACGUUGGUUUACCGCUAUAUGGAAAACGAAGACACCUCUGAUGUGCUUCCUUCCUCAACACAAAUACUCUGCGACGGAUUGCGUGAGAAACCUGCAAUUCUCACUGCCAAAAGAUCAAGUGAUCGUUCCUCCUCCUCCUUAAAACUUCACUACCUACUACUUCUAAAGUGUGUGUGUUGUUGUGUUUCUUUUCUCCUUUCUCUGUUCUCUGUCUCACUGGGACAGUGA